AAGAAGACUUUAAAAAAUUAUGCCUUUAAUUUUAUUCCACACCCUACGCAGAUUUUGACCUUCUCACGUUCGGAUUUAUUUUUCGUUAGAGUUCUCGGGUCUGACCACUUACCACGGCUUGGUGCGCAUCUACAGCUCGAGCACGUGGCCGUCUCGCAUAUUCUGGUGUGUGGUGGUGCUCUCUUGUCUGUCACUCUUCAUGAUUCACAGUGGCUAUCUUCUGCUGGGAUAUCAUUCGAAGCCAACUCUAUUCCAAGUAAAUACUAUCGUUGCUGUGGACGGUAUUUCCUUUCCUGAUAUUACCAUAUGCAAUCAAAACCGGGUAAAGGGAUCGAGAAUGUUGAGUGAGUACUUGUUUUUACUUCAUCUUGUCUUUUCUCACUUCCUCAUAAGCAAAUAUGAUUAUUUUAAGAAAAGAACACCUAAAAUAUCAAACUCGAAGCUUAACAAGAGACAGUUUUUAAGUGGAAGCAGCUAUGGAUGGCAGUUUGUUCUCGAUGGUAACAAUGAGCUAGGUGGGCGAUCCUUGCACAACAAUAUGGACGUCGGUUCAUUGAAUCGAAUCAUUCGUUUUUGUAAAGAUUAUCGAAUAUCCAAUGAAUUCUCUAUGUCUUUUUUGCAGUACACUGCCACACAUUGUGAGUGGAAUUGUGUUGCGCGAGAGUGGCUUUCCACAUGUGGAUGUGUUCUCAUGAAGCAUAAUGCCUUGAACGUCUCCGCUAAUGUGUCUGUGUGCCAGCCAUACGAUAUACAGAGAUGCUCUGGGAAGGUCAACGGUAAUAUUUUUGCAAAUAUCAGCGCAUGUAACUGCGACGUCGAGUGUCGAUUAAUGGAAUACGAUGCCCAUAUUAGCUACUCGGAUGUCCUUCCGAGUUCACUUCGACAACGGUUCUCAUUUUCGGAGCUGUACCUCAAGAGUAUUGCCUACGAAAGACAUGAACAACAGAAACAGUUACAAACGGCUGAUCUUCUCUCGAGUAUCGCCGGCAGUAUGGGAUUGUUCCUCGGCAUGAGUACAAUAACGCUGCUGGAAAUCUUCAUCUACUUAUUUAAAUCAGUGUGGGGGAUGGUGAAUACUGAACGACAGAAGCAGUUCAUGGAUGCUAUGAUGGAAGAGGAAAACGAACGAAGACAGAGCGUUGUGAUCGAAGCACCGGCGAAUGAUGACGAUUCAAAAAGCGGCAAAUCUGCAACUCAUAUACGAAGAGUGUCCGUCGCACCUCUUCAUAUUCGUUUGGACAGAAGUGGAAGCAUUGCAGUAAGUAGUGAAUUUGGCAAAACGACGUCUACAGCCUCGUUCAAACUCCUCUACUUCAUUUAA